AAAGCCCAAGCCCCGGGAGAAGAUGCCGGCCAUCCUGGUCGCCUCCAAAAUGAAGUCGGGACUGCCCAAACCCGUGCACAGCGCCGCGCCCAUCCUGCACGUGCCCCCGGCCCGGGCCGGCCCCCAGCCCUGCUACCUCAAGUUGGGAAGCAAGGUGGAGGUGAGCAAGACCACCUAUCCUAGCCAGAUCCCCCUGAAAUCGCAGGUGCUGCAGGGGCUGCAGGAACCAGCGGGGGAGGGGCUCCCUCUUCGGAAGAGCGGCUCGGUGGAAAACGGGUUCGAUACCCAGAUCUACACAGAUUGGGCCAAUCAUUAUCUAGCCAAAUCCGGCCACAAGCGUCUCAUCAAGGAUCUCCAGCAAGAUGUAACAGAUGGCGUCCUCCUGGCCCAGAUUAUCCAGGUUGUGGCAAAUGAAAAGAUUGAAGACAUCAAUGGCUGUCCAAAGAACAGAUCACAAAUGAUUGAAAACAUAGAUGCCUGCUUGAAUUUCCUGGCAGCUAAGGGGAUAAACAUCCAGGGGCUGUCUGCAGAAGAGAUCAGGAAUGGAAACCUCAAGGCCAUUCUAGGCCUCUUCUUCAGCCUCUCCCGAUACAAGCAGCAGCAGCAGCAGCCCCAGAAGCAGCACCUCUCCUCACCUCUGCCGCCCGCUGUGUCCCACGUGGCCGGGGCCCCCUCCCAGUGCCAGGCUGGCACUCCUCAGCAGCAGGUGCCAGCCGCUCCCCAAGCCCCGUGCCAGCCUCACCAGCCCGGGCCACAUCAGCAGUCAAAAGCACAAGCUGAAAUGCAGUCCAGUGCAUCAUCCAAGGACUCAUCUCAAAGCAAAAUCAUCCGCUUCACUCUGGGCCAGAAAAAGAUAUCUAGACUUCCAGGUCCUACCGCGAGAGUAUCCGCUGCAGGCAGCGAGGCCAAAACACGCGGAGGGUCAGCUACUGCUAACAACCGGCGCAGCCAGAGCUUUAACAACUAUGACAAGUCCAAACCGGUCACCUCCCCACCCCCACCACCAAGCAGCCACGAGAAAGAGCCAUUGGCAAGCUCAGCCUCCUCCCACCCCGGAAUGAGCGACAAUGCACCUGCUUCCUUGGAGAGCAGCAGCAGCUCCACCCCUACUAAUUGUAGCACCUCCUCGGCCAUCCCGCAGCCUAGCGCAGCCACCAAGCCUUGGCGCAGCAAAUCCCUCAGCGUGAAGCACAGUGCCACGGUAUCCAUGCUCUCCAUUAAGCCCCCUGGGCCUGAGGCCCCCAGGCCCACACCUGAAGCCAUGAAGCCGGCCCCCAACAAUCAGAAGUCCAUGCUGGAAAAGCUGAAACUUUUCAACAGUAAAGGGGGCUCAAAGGCAGGUGAGGGCCCGGGGUCCCGGGACACAAGCUGUGAGCGGCUGGAGACUCUGCCCAGUUUCGAAGAGAGUGAGGAGCUGGAGGCCGCUGGUCGCAUGCUCACCACCAUGGGCCCUGCUUCCAGCAGCCCCAAGAUUGCACUCAAGGGCAUUGCCCAGAGGACUUUUAGCCGGGCGCUGACCAACAAGAAGAGUUCUCCGAAAGGCAAUGAGAAAGAGAAGGAGAAACAACAGCGGGAGAAGGAUAAGGAGAAAAGCAAGGACCUUGCCAAGAGAGCCUCUGUGACGGAGAGGCUGGACCUCAAGGAAGAGCCAAAAGAAGAUCCCAGUGGAGCAGCCAUGCCCGAGAUGCCAAAAAAGUCCUCCAAGAUCGCCAGCUUCAUCCCCAAAGGGGGUAAGCUCAACAGUGCCAAGAAGGAGUCCAUGGCCCCUUCCCACAGUGGAAUACCAAAACCAGGAAUGAAGAGCAUGCCUGGGAAAUCCCCAAGUGCCCCAACACCUUCCAGGGAAGGGGAGCGGAGCCGGAGUGGGAAGCCGAGCUCAGGGCUCCCCCAGCAGAAGCCCCAGCUGGACGGCAGACACUCCAGUUCCUCUUCCAGCCUGGCAUCCUCAGAAGGAAAAGGCCCAGGAGGGACCACCCUGAACCACAGCAUCAGCAGCCAGACCGUCAGUGGGUCCAUCGGGACCACCCAGACCACAGGAAGCAAUACCGUCAGUGUUCAGCUACCUCAGCCCCAGCAGCAAUACAACCAUCCCAACACUGCCACGGUCGCACCUUUCCUGUACAGGUCUCAGACAGACACCGAAGGGAAUGUUACUGCCGAGUCAAGCUCAACAGGUGUGAGCAUGGAGCCCAGCCACUUCACCAAGACUGGACAGCCUGCUCUGGAAGAACUCACUGGGGAAGAUCCUGAGGCUCGGCGGCUGCGGACGGUGAAGAACAUCGCUGAUCUGCGGCAGAAUUUGGAGGAAACCAUGUCCAGUUUAAGGGGAACUCAGGUUACACACAGCACAUUGGAAACCACGUUUGACACCAAUGUCACCACCGAGAUGAGUGGCCGUAGCAUACUCAGCUUGACAGCGAGGCCCACGCCCCUGUCCUGGAGACUGGGCCAGUCCAGCCCUCGGCUCCAAGCAGGAGAUGCCCCCUCGAUGGGCAAUGGGUACCCCCCUCGAGCCAAUGCCAGCCGGUUCAUCAACACUGAAUCAGGUCGCUAUGUGUACUCUGCCCCUCUGAGAAGGCAGCUGGCCUCCCGGGGCAGCAGCGUCUGCCACGUGGACGUCUCAGACAAGGCAGGAGAUGAGAUGGACCUGGAAGGCAUCAGCAUGGACGCCCCCGGCUACAUGAGCGAUGGAGACGUUCUGAGCAAGAACAUCCGGACCGAUGACAUUACAAGCGGAUACAUGACUGAUGGUGGACUUGGCCUCUACACCCGUCGCCUGAACCGGCUCCCUGAUGGGAUGGCUGUGGUACGGGAGACCCUGCAACGAAAUACCUCCCUGGGCCUUGGAGACGCUGACAGCUGGGACGACAGCAGCUCCGUCAGCAGUGGCAUCAGUGACACCAUAGACAACCUCAGCACUGAUGACAUCAACACCAGCUCCUCCAUCAGCUCCUAUGCCAACACACCCGCCUCCUCUCGAAAAAACCUGGAUGUGCAGACUGACGCUGAGAAGCACUCACAGGUGGAGAGGAAUUCCCUGUGGUCUGGUGAUGAUGUCAAGAAAUCAGACGGAGGCUCAGACAGCGGCAUAAAAAUGGAGCCAGGUUCCAAGUGGAGGCGGAAUCCUUCUGAUGUGUCUGACGAGUCCGACAAAAGCACGUCGGGCAAGAAGAAUCCCGUCAUCUCCCAGACAGGCUCAUGGCGGCGAGGCAUGACAGCUCAGGUGGGCAUCACCAUGCCAAGGACGAAGCCGUCAGCCCCAGCAGGUGCACUGAAGACCCCAGGAACUGGAAAAACAGAUGAUGCAAAGGUGUCUGAGAAAGGAAGGCUUUCUCCAAAAGCCUCCCAGGUGAAGCGCUCCCCAUCAGAUGCAGGCCGGAGCAGUGGUGAUGAGUCCAAAAAGCCCCUCCCCAGCAGCUCUAGGACACCCACUGCCAAUGCCAACAGCUUUGGGUUCAAGAAGCAGAGUGGUUCCGCCGGUCUGGCUAUGAUCACAGCCAGCGGGGCCACUGUUACCAGCAGGUCAGCCACACUGGGCAAAAUCCCAAAGUCGUCAGCACUCGUCAGUAGGUCUGCUGGUCGGAAGUCAAGCAUGGACGGGGUUCAGAAUCAGGACGACGGGUAUCUGUCCCUCAGCUCCCGGACAAACCUUCAGUACCGGAGUUUGCCAAGGCCCAGUAAGUCCAACAGCCGGAAUGGGGCUGGGAACAGGUCUAGCACCAGCAGCAUAGAUUCCAACAUCAGCAGCAAGUCUGCAGGCCUGCCAGUGCCCAAACUGAGGGAGCCUUCCAAAACAGCCCUAGGCAGCUCUCUACCAGGCCUGAUCAACCAGACAGAUAAGGAGAAAGGCAUAUCAUCAGACAACGAGAGCGUGGCUUCCUGUAACUCGGUGAAAGUGAACCCAGCAGCCCAGCCUAUGUCCAGUCCAGCUCAGGCCACUCUCCAGCCUGGAGCCAAGUACCCAGAUGUGGCCUCUCCCACACUCCGCAGACUCUUUGGUGGGAAGCCUGCCAAGCAAGUGCCCAUCGCCACAGCUGAAAACAUGAAAACUUCGGUGGUCAUCUCCAAUCCUCAUGCCACCAUGACUCAGCAAGGUAAUCUAGACUCCCCGUCAGGCAGUGGCGUCCUGAGCAGUGGGAGCAGCAGUCCUCUCUACAGCAAGAAUGUGGACCUCAACCAGUCUCCACUAGCCUCCAGCCCCAGCUCAGCCCACUCGGGCCCUUCCAACAGCCUCACCUGGGGCACCAACGCCAGCAGCUCCUCCGCAGUUAGCAAGGAUGGCCUGGGCUUCCAGUCUGUCAGCAGCCUCCACACCAGCUGUGAGUCCAUCGACAUCUCCCUCAGCAGUGGAGGGGGCCCCAGCCACAAUUCUUCCAUUGGCCUCAUCGCCUCCUCCAAGGACGACUCCCUGACUCCCUUUGUCAGAACAAACAGUGUGAAGACCACACUGUCAGAAAGCCCUCUCUCUUCCCCUGCUGCUAGCCCUAAGUUCUGCAGAAGUACUCUGCCCAGGAAACAGGACAGUGACCCGCACCUUGAUAGGAACACUUUGCCUAAGAAAGGACUCAGGUAUACUCCCACCUCUCAGCUUCGCACGCAAGAAGAUGCAAAAGAAUGGUUACGGUCCCACUCUGCAGGAGGCCUGCAGGACACCGCUGCCAAUUCCCCCUUUUCCUCUGGCUCCAGCGUGACUUCUCCCUCUGGAACAAGAUUCAACUUUUCCCAGCUUGCGAGUCCCACUACUGUCACCCAGAUGAGCUUGUCCAACCCGACCAUGCUGAGGACCCACAGCCUCUCCAAUGCCGAUGGGCAGUAUGAUCCAUACACUGACAGCCGCUUCCGGAACAGCUCCAUGUCUCUGGAUGAGAAGAGCAGAACUAUGAGCCGUUCAGGCUCAUUCCGGGAUGGGUUUGAAGAAGAAUCAUGGGAGAAAAGUUCUGUAGACAACUUUGUCAGCCGCCUUCAUAGCUCACUUCAUUUCUCUCUCCCUUUGUUCCAUCACCCAAGGUAUAAAUUAGUUCAUGGAUCCUCACUCUCCUUGGUUUCCAGCACAUCGUCAAUUUAUUCUACGCCAGAAGAAAAAUGCCAGUCAGAGAUUCGCAAACUGCGGCGGGAACUGGAUGCCUCCCAGGAGAAGGUUUCAGCUUUGACCACCCAGCUGACAGCAAAUGCUCACCUUGUGGCAGCCUUUGAACAGAGCCUUGGUAACAUGACAAUCAGGCUCCAGAGUCUGACAAUGACAGCUGAGCAGAAGGAUUCAGAACUGAAUGAGUUAAGAAAAACCAUUGAGCUACUAAAGAAACAGAAUGCAGCUGCCCAGGCUGCCAUUAAUGGAGUAAUUAACACACCUGAGCUCAACUGCAAAGGAAACGGCACUGCCCAGUCUGCAGACCUCCGCAUCCGCAGGCAGCACUCCUCAGACAGCGUCUCCAGCAUCAACAGUGCCACCAGCCACUCCAGCGUGGGCAGCAACAUAGAGAGUGACUCAAAGAAGAAGAAGAGGAAGAACUGGGUCAAUGAGUUACGCAGCUCCUUCAAGCAAGCUUUCGGGAAGAAGAAGUCCCCCAAAUCUGCGUCCUCUCAUUCAGACAUUGAGGAGAUGACGGAUUCUUCUUUGCCUUCCUCACCAAAGUUACCACACAACGGGUCCACAGGUUCCACCCCACUGCUGAGGAAUUCCCACUCCAACUCUCUGAUUUCAGAAUGCAUGGAUAGUGAAGCUGAGACCGUCAUGCAGCUCCGAAAUGAGUUGAGAGACAAGGAGAUGAAGCUGACGGACAUCCGCUUAGAAGCUCUCAGUUCUGCCCACCAGCUGGACCAGCUCCGGGAGGCCAUGAACAGGAUGCAGAGUGAAAUAGAGAAGCUGAAAGCUGAGAAUGACCGGCUGAAGUCAGAGUCUCAAGGCAGUGGCUGCAGCCGGGCUCCUUCCCAAGUGUCCAUCUCUGCCUCUCCGAGGCAGUCCAUGGGCCUCUCCCAGCACAGCUUGAACCUCACUGAGUCAACCAGCCUGGACAUGUUGCUGGAUGACACUGGUGAAUGCUCGGCUCGGAAGGAAGGAGGCAGGCAUGUUAAGAUAGUUGUCAGCUUUCAGGAGGAAAUGAAGUGGAAGGAGGAUUCCAGACCACACCUCUUUCUUAUUGGCUGCAUUGGAGUUAGUGGCAAGACGAAGUGGGAUGUGCUCGAUGGGGUGGUUAGACGGCUGUUCAAAGAAUACAUUAUUCAUGUCGACCCAGUGAGUCAGCUAGGGCUGAAUUCAGACAGUGUUCUUGGCUACAGCAUUGGAGAAAUCAAGCGUAGCAACACUUCCGAAACACCGGAGCUGCUUCCUUGUGGCUAUCUGGUUGGAGAGAACACAACCAUCACGGUGACUGUCAAAGGGCUUGCAGAAAACAGCCUGGACUCACUGGUGUUUGAGUCCUUGAUCCCCAAGCCCAUCCUGCAGCGCUACGUCUCCCUGCUGAUGGAGCACCGUCGAAUCAUUCUCUCUGGCCCCAGCGGCACUGGGAAAACCUACCUGGCCAACCGGCUGUCUGAGUAUAUGGUGCUUCGAGAGGGACGGGAGUUGACGGACGGGGUUAUCGCCACUUUUAACGUGGACCAUAAGUCCAGCAAGGAAUUGCGCCAGUACCUGUCCAACCUUGCUGACCAGUGCAACAGUGAGAACAACGCUGUGGACAUGCCCCUCGUCAUCAUCCUGGACAACCUACAUCAUGUGAGCUCUCUGGGCGAGAUCUUCAAUGGGCUGCUCAACUGCAAGUACCACAAAUGCCCUUACAUAAUCGGCACAAUGAACCAGGCUACCUCUUCGACUCCCAACCUGCAGCUUCAUCAUAACUUCAGAUGGGUGCUUUGUGCCAACCACACGGAGCCUGUGAAGGGUUUCCUUGGCCGGUUCCUGAGGAGGAAGCUCAUGGAAACAGAGAUCAGUGGGCGGGUGCGGAAUAUGGAGCUGGUAAAAAUCAUCGACUGGAUUCCCAAGGUCUGGCAUCACCUCAACCGCUUCCUGGAGGCUCACAGCUCCUCAGACGUCACCAUCGGCCCCCGACUCUUCCUGUCAUGCCCCAUCGAUGUGGACGGCUCGAGAGUGUGGUUCACCGACUUGUGGAACUACUCCAUCAUCCCCUAUCUCCUGGAAGCCGUCAGAGAAGGACUCCAGCUCUAUGGAAGGCGUGCCCCCUGGGAGGAUCCUGCCAAGUGGGUGAUGGACACAUAUCCAUGGGCAGCCAGCCCACAACAGCAUGAGUGGCCUCCCCUGCUGCAGUUACGGCCUGAGGAUGUCGGCUUCGACGGCUACUCCAUGCCUCGGGAGGGAUCGACAAGCAAGCAGGUGCCCCCCAGUGAUGCUGAAGGUGACCCGCUGAUGAACAUGCUGAUGAGGCUUCAGGAGGCAGCCAACUACUCCAGCCCCCAGAGCUAUGACAGCGACUCCAACAGCAACAGCCAUCACGAUGACAUCUUGGACUCCUCUUUGGAGUCCACUCUGUGACAGGGGCCCGGCUGUGGAGCCCAGCGCCCUCCUCUUCUCCUCGCCCCAUUCCACCUGCAUCCCCCACAUCAUCCUGAAAAUGACUUCCUGAGCCAGCCCCCAGCCGCAGCCUUAGAGCUGCGGGAACACCAAGACCCGUCGUCCUUCAGCCUCGACCUGGGUGCAGGCAUCCCAGGUCAGCUGCCCACGGACCGCUUCCUUCUACAGCGAGAACUGCACUACCUUCUGUUGUACUUUAAUUAUUGUUUUGCCUUGUUGCUGUGACCUCCCUAAGACACUGAAGAUACUUCUCGGGAAAGGAUUGUCGCCGUUGAAAUGAAAAGAGAAAAAAAAAAAAGAAUAGAACCCACAUGAAGCUCUGAAACCAAACAGCAUCCUGCCCGGAGCUUCCCAGAGACAGAAGAGACUGGAGCAAAGUUGGAAACACAGAGAAGCACCGCCUCCCCUCAGCACAGACCCUCCAGACAGGGUCUCAGAGCCAUGCCACCCGCCCUCCCACGCAGCCGGCCACAGGGAGAACUGGUGCUAACUAGGGUGCUUGCUUUGAUGGCGUUCAACACACUGCAGAGCUCCAACAUGGGAAACCUUAGGAGAAAAUAAACCGUGCUUUCAUGUUUUUUAAAUGGUGCUUUCCUUACCCGAGAGGUAUUUUGCCUAUUCCAGUCCAACCUCCCCCAUUCAGGUCCAUCAGCCUCUGAUUAAUCUGUGAGAGUGAGUGAAGGAGAAAGAAUGUGAGCGAGUAGAUGUUCGACACAGAACAGCAUGUGUCUGUUUCCUUCUGAUAUAUGAAUGAAUCAGGUUUUUUUUUUCUGCAAACACUGUGUAUAGUGAGACUUGUUCUACUUUGGAGAACUGAUUACCUUUUGAAAAUGAGGUUGAGUUUCUCCCUUUCUGAUGCAUUGAUUUUUUUGAAGAUUUUUUUUCUCCUUCCCCUCUUGGUCAGAAUCAAUCCUUUGGUGAGAGUAAGAACCACAGGAGCUGAGUUUUGGUUUGGUCCUGCUCAGUUUUGGUUUUUAGUUGUCCAUCCUCACAGUCCUAAACCCUUGCCGCCUCCUGCUAGGGCUGGGGGCAUCUGUGCCCUUUAAAAUGGAUGAGGACCUGGUCCUCGACAUGUGGGUGAGCCAUGGACCUUGUCUUCCCUUCUCGUCCUUGAGGGUUUAGAACACACACCUACACCUCAAGCGUCCCCGCCCCAGCUUCCAGUGGGGUGAUGAGGUCACCCUGCAAAAAACUUGCACUUUCCUCAGAACCAACAUGACGCAGCUCCACAAGGGUGAGAGGGGUCACCCCUCCCAGAAGCCCCGUCUGGAUGAGCCUUGCCUGACCUCUUCGGUGCUGACCUUCCCAAAGUGAUGCCUUACUGGUUUUGUACUAACUGUGUUCAUUUUACAUAAGUGUCGUGCCUGCCUGGGGUUUGUUUUUUGUUGUUGUUGUUUUCCCCACUGAAGCAAACAGGGCUAAAAAGUCAUCUAUUCAUUAGGAGAACUCAAGUUGCUGUGACUUUUCUCAUCCAAAAGACUCAUUUGUGUGGAUGCGUGACCAUGGGAAAAAGAAAAAAAAAAAAGAUCCUUUUUUUUUUUAGGUUCUUAUAAGUCUCCAGCUGACAACCUGACUGGACAGUGAUCUGUCUCGUGCAGGAGAAGGCAAAGUUUCUACAAGCCUACGUGACCUUGCUGAUACUUGCUCCAAUAGAAACCCAGUCUGCUGUGUCUUCAACAUAGUGGUAUUUUCAUUACAAAGUACGGACAAUUUUUGAGUUGUUUGUUUCUGUUUUAUAAAGAGAAUCUUUAUUGGACACCAGUAAGGGUGUCUCUGUUUUAAUGAUCAGGGUUUUUAUUCCAUCUUUUGCAUUUCUAUUUCUGAAGGCUUGUCUCUUGGCAUCUUUUCUUAGUUUCUUACCAUAAGAGUUCGACCCAAAACUGCUCACUUCACAUUGGGUGACACCAUGUUCUUCCUCUUUGAAAAGAAAAGGGGAAUGUGUCCCACUAACUGAUGAAAGGAAAACCUUUCAACACUAUCCCUGCUUUAAUCUCAGCAAACUCAGGCUAUUCUGCUUAGCCCUCAUCAGUCAUCUGGGUGUGAGUGUGUCUUGUUCUCUUUUUGUUCUUAAUAAGACUUUCAAACCAUAUAUUUAGCCUGUGACCAGGGGGCCAAACCCUGAGACUUCUGGUAACCCUGAAGGGUGGCCCUCCUCAGACCAUUUAUCUCCCAGCAAUGACGCUAUAUUCUCAUACUGUGAAUUUAGGAGGAGGUCAAGUUGACGUCUCCUCGUGGGCAGUUUUCCAAUCACCUUGUGAGUAGACACCUGCCAAUAUUGUUUGGAACCUUUUUAAUAUGACAUCCUCUCUUGUCGUUCAUUCUUUUCUCCCCUGUCCCACAGACUUCCCUCCCACUGGGUCCAGGUUCAGAUCCAAGAUUUCUGUACCUGGUGCUGCCUGAUUGGUGAACAUUGACUUCAAGUAGCAUAGCCCUUGUGUGAUUCACAACUCCGUGUCCUUCCUAAAGCUUCGGGAAGCAGGGUUGUCUAAUAUGCACAUUUCUUAUUUUGGUCAUAUUUUUACUUUAGUGUCACUCACCUUGGAUAAAGUGACUUUGUACUCAUUUAGGGCUCUAUCGGAAAUGCUUCCAUUUUGCCUUUUUCUACAGUUAGGCCAAUUUUGAAAUGUAUAAAUUCUAUGCAACAUUUAUGUUGAGUUACCAAUGGAAGCCAAACGCUCUCUUCCCAAACUGCCAAGAAUGAUACAGGCCAUACAUGAGAUGGGAAUACGUUUUAAGAUUCGUUGGGGGUGGGGUGGGAGUGGGACAGGAACAAGACUUGCCUAGACCUUCGUUGUAUCUUGGGGACUUUUACUUUGUUGUUUGAUGCUUACACUUCAAAAUUCUCUGUAUUCAAAUUUGAUUGUGACGAAUCUACUUCAAAAAGGAAAGAUAAUCCAACUUUGUGGAUACUGAAUGGAAGGUUUGCUGUUUUGAUCUAGUUUCCAGUGGAGCAAUUUAUGAAAUAUGUUCUAUAAGAUGUACAUUUUUUCAUUGUAACAUAGAAAUUGUAAAUAAUUGAUUAAAGUGCUGCAUUUUGAUGAAUUUUUUCUAGCCAUUUUUAAAGAGAAAACUAGUAACUGAGUAUUUUGUGUACGGUAUGUUUCCAUCCUCCCUCCCCGCCUUCCUCCCCUCCUCUCUCGCUCUCUCCCUUCCUAUUUAAUUUUCAUUUGUCAUGAGGUUUUUGGAUUUGCCAAUGAUCCACCGGACAUCAUGCCCCAUGUCAUAGAGAAUAAAGCUGAUGAUUGUACCAGUCUUAAAUUAUUCAUGAUUCAAUAAAAUUGAUGCUUAUUUAUUCAGA